AUGCGAACCCCAUCAUGCUCAAAUUCUAAACCACCAUCUUCUUUUAAUCUCUCAUCUAAUUUAAACCCAGCUCUUAUUGUUUCUUUGUCGCCUGUGGAGCCGACAGUUGUGAUACCUGAAGCUUCUUAUACUGAUCAAAAUGAUGACCAACUCCAAUCAUUCACUCUAGAUUCAAAUAGUCCCCCUUCAUUUAAUAAUGUUAAUCAAAAUCUCAUAAAGUCCCAAAGUCAUUUUGAUGAGAAUGAAUUCAUUUGUCCUAAUUUGUUUCACCAGUCAUCCCUAUCAAAAGACCUGCAAGAAAACUUUGUUAAGCAUGGAGCUUCCCAAAGUUUAAUUGCUGAUAUUCUCUCCACUUUACGAAAACAUGGACAUGAAGAUUUACCAAAGGACGCAAGAACGUUUAUGAGUACACCUAGAUCAGGUACACAUAAUAUAUAUCAAUUAGAUGGUGGCACGUAUUUACAUUUUGGCCUUACUGAAAAUAUAAUUAGAGUUAUAAAAAAGUAUAAUUAUUAUUCUGAUGAUAUUUUAAAAUUAAAUAUCAACAUUGAUGGUCUCCCAGUAGCAAAAUCAUCUCGGAGUCAACUUUGGCCAAUAUUGGGAGAUGUUUUAUUAAAAGGUAUCCACACUGAUCCUUUCACUAUUGGGAUUUUUCAUGGUUCUAGUAAACCUAAGGAUUGUAGGGAAUUUUUAAAACAUUUCAUUGAAGAAUACAGGGAAUUGGAACUUAAUGGACUUCUUAUUAACAGCAAAAAAAUUAAAAUUAAACUUAAUUGCAUAAUUUGUGAUGCUCCUGCAAAAGCAUUUGUGCUAAAUAUUUUGGGGCAAACUGGAUACUUUUCAUGCACAAAAUGUGUAACUGAGGGUGAUAUGUUUGAGAAUAAGAAACUAGUUCUAAGUGAACCGUCGCAGCUUUCAGAAAUCCAUCAACCAUUCAGACCCCUUGCCACAUAUGAUGACAAUGAUGAGGAUUUUGUCAAAAUCGAAUCCCUUCCAAUUGUUUUUGAAGGCAAUGAUGGAAUCGGGGCAAAGCAGAACACCGUCGAAGAGGCAUCAAAUUCUGCAUGUGAAGGUAUUAGUAACUUAGAGUUUAUUCUAGAAAAUCUUACAAUAACCUGCAAUAAUGUACAGAAAUAUGUGAUCAGUAUAGACAAUAGAUUGAAAGACAUGACAUCCAAUCAGGGAAAGGUUCUGGUCGACGACGUUAUAAAAAAUCUGGAAAAAAACUUGCCUCUAAAUUCUCAGGAGUCUGUACGGGCAUUUGACACAUUACUGAAUACAAAAGCGGAAGUUAAGAAUACCUUUGCACAGUUUAUUAAACGCAUUGGAGGAAGAGAUGCCAAGGAUAUUAAUAGGUGUUUACCAAAAUUAUUUACAAAUGAGUUUGCAAAAGAAUCUUCAUAUUUGGGACUUAGGGGCAAUUUUAAGUUGCAGCAAUUCAAUUUCAUGCAGAUUUUAAUUGCAACUUCGACUUCCAUCGAGUAUAUUGAUUUGAGCCCUAGUACUAGUACACAAAUGCAAAUGUGCAAUUAUAUUGAUGACGAAGACGACUUACCUUCUCAAAGAUGGCAACGAUAUUCUCCGUUAUUAGAAGUAGAAGAGGUAGAAGCUAUUUCGGUAGGUCAGCGCCUACGUCGUUCAGAAAGAUUGAAUGCCUCCAACUACUUUUCAUCAUUCUCACCAGUUAAUAAAAAUGACACAGCUGAUGAUCCUACCGACGAACCACAGUCUGUCUCUGAUGCCAUUAACGAUGUUAUAAAUGAAUGGAGACAUGAUGAUAAUCUCGACGUGCCAGAACAAGGAACCGAGUUUCCUAAAUCCCUAUUAGUACUCCAUAGAGGACAUAUCUUCGAGGAACUUCUUGAUGCCGUAAAAACCCAUAAAUAUAACGAUUUUAAAGAAAUACAAAUAGAAAUGAUUCUUCCGAAUGGAACGGCUGAAAUCGCAUCAGAUGCGGGGGGUGUGUUGAGAGAUGCUAUUGCGGAGUUUUGGGAAACAUUUUAUGCGAAAUGUAGUACGGGGACGGAUUUGAAAAUUCCAUACCUAAGACACGACUUUCAAAAAGGGGAGUGGCAAACUAUAGGGAAAAUAUUGAUAAAAGGACUAGAAGCUCUUGAAUAUUUUCCAGUUAAACUAGCCCCAGUAUUUAUGAAACAAUGCUUCAGAAAAACGGUGCAGGAUGAAGAAUACAUAAGAGAUUUUCUCAAAUACGUUUGUCAUUCGGACGCACUUCUUUUGAAAACAGCAAUCGAUAACUUCGAGGAUGUCGAUUUUGAAGAACUAUUGGAGUUUUGCUCCAAUUACAAUGCCAAAUGGAACCCUUCAAAAGAAAACAUCAAAACGCUUAUUAAGCAAAUUGCCAAGGAGGAGUUACUCCAAAAAACAGCAUUUGUGAAAGAGUGCUUUGCCUUAGAGUGUGAGUCAAUUUGCCUUACCACAGACUUGGAUUACUUAUAUAAAAAACUUGAACCAUCCGAUAAAAAUAUUAUUGCACUGUUUGAUAUUAAAGAGGAUGACUUAUCAGUGGACAAGCUUCAGGUUUACAAGCACCUAAAAAAAUUUAUAAAAGAAGAGGACCAAAAAGUUAAAUGUGCAUUUUUGAGAUUUUGCACAGGUUCUGAUCUUCCUGUUCAGAAAAUACGCAUAGAAUUUACGAAUUCGACCUUUUCAAAUUUUGUCAACAUCAGAUAUCUUCUACUUCUUCUGGAACUAACUGCGAUAGAAAAUCUUCAUGCAGAACCGGAGAACAACGCUGAUAUACCUGAUAAGAUGGAAGAAACCAAAAAUAACUGCACUUUGGAUGAGUUCAUUCCUGGAGAUUUUGUCAUAGGUAUCUAUGAUGGGGAUGGAGAAUAUUAUCCAGGACAGAUAGAGAAUAUUAAUGAUGGAGAAUAUGAAAUAAGCACCAUGGAAUUUUCUAAAACGUCAAAGUUGUGGAAGUGGCCAAACAGAAAAGACAAAAUAUGGUACAAAAAAAUUACAUUCUAG